GAUAUUCUCCAGCUCCUGGUCCAGUGCCUGACACAUAGUAGGUGCUUCAUAAGCAAUGGUCAUCACUGACCAAUUUACUGACUUUCUGAAUGAAUGCAUGUGUUUCCACCUUGUGUUCCCUGGUAACCAACUAGACCAACACAUGAUCCAUUUGAAACAAAGGACUAUUUUACUGGAGGUAUCAGAAGGCUUUCUCUACUCACUGAGAGACACUAUUUUUUCUUUAUUGAGUAAUACUUUCUGAGUAUUGCUUCCUCUUUGUUUAUACUAUCAGAAUGAAUAUCAGAGCCCUUACAGGAAGUUGGUGGAGCAUGACAGAGAACUGGGGUUUCCUUUGAUGUAGACUUGGUGGCUUUAACAGAGGAAUGAUCAGUAGUCUGCCGCACUGGUGUGCUGGUCUGGCACUCAGGGAAGUGGCCACCACUCCCAUGAUCGUGGAGUAGAAAUUCAGUUGAAGGAAGUACACAGUUCAAUUGAAGAAUUAAAACGGCACCUCAACAGAGCCACUCUUGGGCUUUUCUUAUAACCCAUGUUUUCACAUCUUUCCUUCGACUGUGUCCUUCUGUGGCUGCUACUACUUACAAGGUCUUUGGAAGGGUCACGCACAGCCGAGGUGGGCAAGAAUGCUUAUCUGCCCUGCCACUACUCUCCAACCACCUCGGAGGACCUUGUGCCCAUGUGCUGGGGCAGGGGACCCUGUCCUAUAAGUCAAUGUACGAGUACGAUGCUCACCACUGAUGGAAGGCGCUUGAAAUACCAGAUAUCCAGCAGAUACCAGCUAAAGGGGAAUGUCCACAAAGGAGAUGUGUCCUUGACCAUAGAGAAUGUGACUUUAGCCGACAGUGGGACUUACUGCUGCCGUAUCCAAUUCCCAGGCCCAAUGAAUGAUAAAAAAUCAAACCUGGAGUUGGACAUCAAACCAGCCAAGGUCACCCCUGCUGGGACUCCACGGAGAGCCUUCACUACAGCCUUUCCAAGGAUAUUUACCACUGAGGAACAUGGCUCAGCAGAGACACAGACUCUGGAGACCCUCCAUGAUAAAAAUCAAACACAAAUAUCCACAUUGGCGGAUGAGUUACAAGACUCUGGUUACAAGACCACCAGAAUAAGUGUCUAUAUUGGAGCAGGGGUCACUGCUGGGCUGGCUCUGGUUCUUAUCUUUGGUGCUUUAAUUCUCAAAUUUUCAGGCACUCACCGUGUUCUUUCUCAGUUUUCUCUGCGUGGAAUGCUCCUUCUGGCUCUUUACUUGGCUGACUCAUUCUCCUCUUCCAGAGCUGACCUUCAAGGUCACCUUUUCUGAGAGUGCUUUCCUGACCUCUAUUAUAAGUUCCAGUGCAUUCCUCAUCACUUUGGCCAACCUCCCUCCUCCCUCAGGGUUAGAAAAUACAGUAGCAGAGGGGAUGCGCUCAAGGGAAAACAUCUAUACAAUUGAGGAGAACCUAUAUGAACUGGAGGACCCGUCUUCGGAUUACUGCUAUGUCAUUAGUGGGUAGCAAGCCUGACAACUCCGGGUCUUCACCCUUCUAUGCCAUCAGACCGGGAGCUUAUAUUGUCUUCUUUGAAAGCUAUCAGAUGUGUCAGCUGAUUGACUUUAAGGUUCUGCCUGCGGCUACCCAGCAUUCUUUAUCCAGUUUCUGAGGAUAAGCUCACAAAAGGAUUGAACCAUCAUCUACCCAGUACUCAGACUUGUUACUACCUUACCUCUGCAUUCCAGCCAACAGGUUACUCAACUCAGAGACUGCUAAUCAGGGCAUUAGAACUCAAAUGAGUUUCUCUGUGAAGUAGGAAUUCUUAAUGUGGGGACUCCUAAAUUCCAGGAUUUUCAGUCCCAUGAUGUGUCCACGAAGCUCCUGAGAAGGUGGGGCGGGGGUGGGGGGGAAUUACGUGCUGAGCUAUAUGCAUGCCUUUUUGGGUACAGAAAGUCUAAAGGGGCCACUGAUUUCAAAGAGAAGGUUGACUCAUAAAAGGUGAAGAAACUCCUGGAGUAGACUAGAUGGCCUUGAAGGUUUCCUUUGCGUCUCAACGUUUAAGCUUCUUUGAAUGAAGGCUCUCCUACAGAUACCAACUUACACUCUCCUUCUCCAGUGAAGAAGUCGGCUCAGCAAGCCGUGGUGUGGCAGGAGCUCCUGGGGGAAAAGGAAGUGCACUCACUCAUGUGUGUUGUCAAGUUCUGCUUGGGGAGAACUCAAAGGGAAACAUCUCUGACCAACUUCUCCAUUCAAGGAGAGAACCGGGGACAUGUUUUUCACAGAAAAAGAAGCAGUGACUGGGAUGCCUAUUCCGUUUCCUGGUGGAAGGAAGACGAAGGGCUGCAGC